AGUUAGCCGCCAGUCCUGUGUGCCUCUGGGCUCAGACAUACUGACAGAGAAAGUGAGCAAGGGACAAGAGAGGGGAAAAGUGAGAGAACAGGAAAGAGGGGAGCCAGAAAGACAGGAAAACCCAUCAGAAGUAAAGAGAGAGACAGGCAAGAACUGACAGAAGAAGAAGAAGAGAGAGAGUUAAAGACACACUGAACUGAGUAUCAGUCUCCCUUCUUCUCCUUGAAGUCAUGGCCGGGAACAACACAAAUCUCUUUCUGGAAAUACUUCAGUCUUAUGACGCUGUCCCUCUGAUCAUAGCUUUCUGUGUGUCCAUCGCGGUGGGCCUGGUCUUGGGGGCCCUGGUUUACGUGAUCUUGACCUGGAUGUCCCGACGCAAGGCAGGCUCUGCCAGCAUCACCCGCCGCCCUCCCCACCAAUCGCGCACGUCUUCCCGCAACCGCCCAGGCUUUAACCGCAACAGCAGCUACGACCGGCGCAGCAACAACAGUUUGGUCAGUGCUGCUUUCAGCUUCCACCGGCAGACUUCCUCCCCAGAUCCCCUUGAUCCUCUGGGGCACAAAUCCAGCUUCAGGGCCUCCACCUUCCACCCUCUGCUCCAGUGCAGCCAAAUCGCCAGAGAGGCAGAGGAGGGGAGCCAAACCACGCUGCCUCGUACACCGACUCUGACCACGUCAACGGGAUCGGCUCAAACGGCAGCCCGGCCAGCUGCCACCCCACCCAGACCUGAGUCACUUUGGGGGAACAAUGGCCCGAGGGGUUCCCAUGCUACACAGACCCCACCUCCAGCUUAUGAGAGCAUUAUUAGAGCAUAUCAGGAAACACGCACCUGAGAGGGGUGAAAGAACCAGGCGGACUCUUCAGUAAAACAUUAAAAAACAGUUCACUCUCAGUUAUGCGGGCUGCUUAUGGACAGAAAUGAUUCCACUUCUGUAUAAAGACAUUCAAAUACAUACUGGUGACUGAUGGGGCAUUUACGCUGCAAGACGAGACUUCUCCUUUGUCCCUGCUGCAAAACAGAGAAUGAUUGUGUGUGUGUGGCCCAAAGGAAGGCAAAUGUAUCUGUCAUUGAUGAAUCUAUGUAAAACCUGGUGGAGACAGCUUUGAACUCAUUUGGUGUUUUAAUUGCCGUCGAACAUGUUUUUUACAGAGCUGUGGUGUUUGGGGGUGCGUGUAUUCAAAGUAAUUUAGUGUGUCUGUGUUUGCGAGUACGGUGUGUUUGAGUUUGAGAGAGAUGCACAUAAUGGUGGGUGUCAAAAGUGUUGCUGUUUUAAUUAGAUUGUAAUUUAAUGAACUUUGCUCAUAAACGAAUGCAAUAAAAGCAAGAAUGAAAAAGCAUGACAACUGAUUUUUCCAUGCAACACCUGUGGUCUGAAGGGUGUU